UCUCUUGAACUAAAUUACAGCGAAUCGAGAACGUUUGUCAAUUGAAGUUCAAUCGGUUGUCGAAUAAUUUAUUGUGUCACGAAUCACUUCGGAAAUUCAAAAGAUUCAUCUUUCUCUACAAUAUAUUUCUUCUUUAAAUUCCGUAAAAAUAUACUUAAUUGCUAAGGAGAGAAAAUUAGUUCCUUGGAUCUGGGUAAGCUCGUCGAUAAGCAGUCGGUCAUUUCUUACACCGGAAACUGCAAUCUCGUAUGUUAUGUUAGACGCUCGUGGCGAAAAUCGACUGAUUACGGACACACACGUCAUCGACGAAAGGUUAUCAAGACGGCGAUAAGAACUGUCGACGAAGCUUCACGAAGAAAUGGACAACGAGAGGGUUGAUUAUAAAGCCGCCAAAGCCGACGGCCGCGUGACAAAUAAUCAUCGCAAGGGAUUAAAUUAUCUCGUUCGAAAGUAUUCGGAUAAUGAAAACAGAAUGCAAAAAAGGAAGGAAUUCUCUAACAAGGCUACGGAGGAUGAAACAGAAGAAGAAGAAGAACGGGAAAUUGAUGAAAAUCGGAGCGAAGAGGAAGAUGGAAAAAUUCAGAAAGUAGAUACAAACCAAGACGAAGUGAAUGAAAAUGAGCAGAAAACUGCGCAGAUUGAACAGUGCGCGAUUUGUCAUAUUAUCAUCAACGACGCAAAUCUCGGCGGAACCGUCGCCAACUCCGAACAGGAUCCACACUGUUCCGAGGGCUAUUCGUUAUGUCAACGUUGUGUACGAAACUUUUCAAUCCGACCAGUUGCGGAGCAUCCUCAGCCUCGAAGAUCACACACGAGUUUCUUCCAAGGUAGAGACAGCGAUCGCAACAUACAUUCGAGAAUGUACGAUUCGCAUCGCAAUCAGUGGGCUUGCAACUUCAAUAAGGCGGUACCCGGCGAAGAGAAUAACGAAACGUUAGAUUACGAAUCGGAUGCAGUCUCAUACGUCGCUGAUCGCGAUCGAGGCAAUCUGCGGCGAGAGGAAAGUUGCGGGAAACAGUAUCAACAGCAGCCUGGCUAUUGCAAUCUAAUGACAACGAUGACAAGGAGAAAUGGCGCGGUGGAUCGAUACUCCUCCGAGAUCAAAAUCAAAAAUCCCUCUUUGGUCGAUUGCUCCCGCAGACCUAUACGUUGCCCACGUCUAGACUGCUCGGUGAACGUCGCCUUUUCGGCACUCACCCAUCACUUUCUUUUCGAUCAUCCCGAAGUGCCCAUCCUCAGUGUCGAACCCGGCGCCGAGAGCACACUUAUCGUCAGCUACGGAGCUCUCUCCUGCAACUCCAGUCGAUGUCUAGCUCUCUUACUGGUGUCCGGAAAACUCUCAGAUUCCUCAGCGAGACUGUUCGGUAGCAUUCAAAUAAAUCCUAAGUAUCGGAAUCGAUUGCCUCUUCCGGUGUUGGCAGCGCGUCUGCACAGCAGCCACAAUUACGCGUAUCGUGAGGAGAUGCACGCUGGCGGAGAAGGCCAGUGCGAGAAGGACAUGAUCAUUGCCUGGGUGGCGGGAUUAGACGUCGGCGACACGGCUGACAGACUUCGGUGUAGCAUUCAGGCGGUCGAUAGCAUCGAGAACGGGGGAUUUCGUUCGCUCACGUAUACAGGCCCUGUGACGUCCCUGAGAAUCGCCCAAUGUCCACGUGACGUCUUCUUGGCUGGUGAUUGUAUAGUUCUCCACGAAGGAUUAAUCAGCCAUAUCACCUCCGGCUGUACUAGUCUCAAUGUAAAUGUUAUUGUACAUUAAACAUGUGUUCUAACACACGUAUGUCUUUGUUUCUGAAAUAACUAUUUUAAAAAUGUAAGCCCAUCCAAUAUAAAUUGGGAUCAUACAGGA